AUAUUUGUGUGUGUCAGUCUGACAAAAUGAGUGCUUCUGUAACGGUGGUUUCGUAUGAGAGUUCCUGAUAAUGGUAGACCAAAUUAAAUGGCUCAAAUACCAACAUUAUGUGAAGUGUCUUAUGAUUCCGAAUGGCUAGCAGAUGAUUACUUUUAUACACCAUUCAGACUUCCAAGCGCCGACUUUGGUAAACAUCCCAAAACAUUUUCGCCACAGUUUUUCUAUCCUCGACCUUCUCAGAAUCUUUCUGGCAAAAAUGAUGUUUUAUCAGAAUUCGAAGAAAAGAAUAGGGAGACCACACAACAUAAUACAUACUUUGAAUAUUUACGAGAUUAUUACAUUGAAAACAGUUCGUCUCCUUUGACGUAUUUUCAGUCUUCGCCUAGAAAUAGGGGAGGAACUGUUGCUAGUCCACAAUUACCAUCAAGAUCUCAUUUAACCAUACCAGCUCGAUUUUAUCCUACUUUUGAUGGAUGUAUAUCGCCAAUAGUUCAUCAUGAUCACAACAAACUACCACGGUCAUUACCAGCAGUAUCACGAUCAGCGCAAUAUCCCGACGCAGAACAUCCAACUACUGAACGAAACAACUUAGUCUGGAUAGAUACUUUGAAAUCUUGGGUGCCUAUGAAAAAGUAUGAAGAAGGUAAACCAUAUUUAAGCUUUGUCAACAAUCCGCCAUAUGUAGAGAAACAUAUUACAGUAACUGAGGGAAGAAAGACGAAAUUACAUCAUCAAUGUACUGGUGAAUGUGAAAGAUAUCAUAAUCACAUGACUAAAUACAAGGAUAUAGUUGAAGACAGACGACAUCAGUACCAUAAUCAAAUUAAUCCUCGUUUAAAAUACUACAGACAAACGGCUUUAGACAGGAAAGAUAGAAUUGAAGCAGCAAAUAAAAAUGAGAAACGAUCCCGUAAAGCUUAUUCAACUCCACUUUAUGAUCCAAAUAAACACACAUGUAGAUUAAUGAAAUACAAUCCACUGUCAGCUCGUGCAACUAUAAACUUGAGAAAUAAUCCAACUCCAGUUUCACGUUCUGAUGAACCGACUGAGGAAACCGUUGAAGAAGUGUUUGGAAAAGACACACAUGAAGAGAAAGUUACAGAAAUUGUACCAGUUGUUAAAGCACCAUUUGUAAACCAUAAUAUUAAAACAUAUACAGAGGUUGAGACAGUUUCUGUUUGUUGUGAGAUUAUGAGACCUCUAUAUAAACGUGAUAGUCAGGUAGUCUGUGUGGACAGUAAUCUAGAUGCUAUUAAAACUGUUGUCCAAGGUAUCACUAGUGUUUCGGUAAUAGUCAAACAGGGUAAUUAUAAAGAACAAUAUGAGCUGUCAUGUCAGAUAUUUAUUUGCAUGAAAUAUUAUUAUAUUUGAUGUGCAUGACUGUUGGUUGGUAUGUUAUCCGUAAAACCAUCUGUCAAAACUCUGUCGGUGUCAUCUGUAAAAAUUCUGUUGGUAUGUAAUCUGUAAAAUCUGCUGGUAUGUCAUCCAUUUGGUAUAACCCACAAACUUCCUGGGGCCUUUAAAUUUAAAUAUUUUAAGUAAAAUGAUAGUGCCUUGGCUGAGAACUAAAAUCAGAGCACAAAUAUUAGCUCUUGACCAAUGAAAAGACUACAUUCUUAAAAUAUUCUGAUUUAACUUUUCAUGAAUAAGGCCCCAGGUUGUUCAAAAUACUCCAGCUUGAAUCAUCAGCUUCUUAAAAAGCUCUUUAUUGGCUACCCUUUAAAUCAAAAAUAGAUUUAAAGUUGUUAUGCCCUGCAUUCAAGUGUUCUAUGUCAUCACCAUAUUUUCUUCUAGUUCUAAAAUUUAACUCAGAUCAUUUGGAUAUCUAUGGUCGUCAGUUUAAUUUUCAGUCGUUACCCCUGAAAAUUAAACUAUCAUCAAGCCUAAAAACUUCAAAAACUGCUAAAAACUCAUCUAUUGACCUAGUAUUAUAUCACCUUUAGCAUGCA